AAUUAUUCAAAUAUCGUUCCAAGAUAACAAUUUAUGUGUUAUCUUCGCUACAUGCGGAUGUGUCUACCUAAAAAACUUUAAUAGUAUAAAUAUAAAUAAAAUACGGAUCAUAAAUAAACAUGAAGUGUGCUGUUGGGAUAUUUCCAAUUUUAUGUUUAGUAACAAAUAAUAUACUAGAUGUGAACUCGUUGGGCGUUAAUCGAAGAUUAAGACGAGAAGAAAUAAUAGACUAUGGUGCUUUAAUUACGUGCAAACCACUACCUGAGCCCACACCAGAUUUUGCUGCAGCAGGCAAGCGGAUAAGUGAACAAAAAUGUGACGAAUACAAAUGGAAUGUCAAAUCUCGAGAACAUCAAAGUAAAACAAUUGUUACAUGGAAUGACUGUCCAGAUGGAUACGGACCAGCCUUUAGAAAUGACGACGAUGAUGCUGCUCCUGGACAAGACCCCAAUUUGGUUGCUAUUGGAUGGAAAGAUGAGAAAGGAUGGCUCUUUAAAUGUGGAGGUUCCCUCGUCAGCGACAGAUAUGUACUGACCGCCGCUCAUUGCCUAAAUGGCAAUUUACCAAAGCCGGAAAUUGUCAGAUUCGGCGACAAAAAUGUUUUCGAUAAUUUGGCUAAUGGACUUAAUUCUAUCGAGGCGAAAAUUAAGAAAGUAAUUGUACACCCAGACUUUGUAGAAGAAAAUUUGAUCAAUGAUAUAGGUCUUAUAGAACUAGAAGAAGCAGUAGCGUUCAAGAAGAACGUUUUACCAGCAUGUCUGUGGAAGGAUGUUGAUGUUAGCUCUCUUGGAAGCUUCGCAAACGCAACUGGAUGGGGUCCUGUUCAUUCAGCCAAACCCGAAGAAGAUUCUCCGAAACCGAAAAAAGCCUCUUUAAAGAUUAUUGAUUCCACUAAAUGUGAAGAGCUGAUAAAACCAGUCUGUGGAGGAAAACACUGUGAAGUAAAAGAUACACAUAUUUGUGCCGAAGGUUUUGUUAACGCCCUAAUAAAAAAGGAACAAUGGAACGCAGAAAGCCAAAUUUGCGCGAGUUUCUCCGGAGACCCGCUACAAAUAAGGAUCUCCGAUUCUCCUGAAGGUGCUAUGAACUACGUCAUCGGUAUUACUUCGUACAGUGUCCGUUGUAACAGUGUUACUCCUGACGUCUACACCAGGGUUUCAAGCUAUCUCGACUGGAUUGAAAGUAUCGUUUGGCCUAAGAAUAAAAUAAAUGCCUAAUAUCAUCUCCCUAGCAGUAUCCCGUUUUUCAGUGUCCGCUUACCUGACCUGAAGAUUUGACAGGUCCGGUUUUUUACUGAUGCGAUUGCCUGUCUCAUCCAACACACUCGGUUAGGUCACAUAUCUCCAAAAAUUCCCGAAUGCCCCGGAUGUAUGAGAAGUUGCCAGACGAAGUGCAACAGCAGAUAGAUCUCAUCAGAGACCGAAUAUUCAACUCUCAGCCAUAUAAUGUUAAGAACUUCAAUUUUAAACUAAAACAGUUUUUAUUAAACAUGGAUUUAGAUGAAUGCUUACUCUGAGCUUUUAAAAUAAUUUGUUUACAAUGCUUUUACUAACUUUAGCAUUAUUUACUAACUACAUAAUCUUAAAUUAAAUACUAAUCCUUUAAUAUCUAUUUUAAGUUUUUUGUAUUAAAAUUACACCGCGCUGUCUACCUACGGCAUAUGUAUAUUUAUGUCAUUGUUUUAAGACGAUGUAGGUAACCCUAUCACAGGCUUCGGUCUUUUUGGGUUGCUACUGUAACACUGCAUAAAAAACAAUUUAUCGCGUUAACACGUUCUCUUGGAUCUGUUUUGGAUAGUGCUGUAAAUUAACUUUAAGAACUUGUAAUAAUAAUAAAUAAAUAAAUAAUACAUUUCUCUUGAAUGUGAGUUUCCUCACGAUGUUUCUAAAUAAAUGCCUAAUAAAUAUA